AUGCGAAGGCUUCUAGAAGACGCACUCAGUUCUGGAGACGUGGUUCAACUUGAGAAGGCGAUCAUCAGUGCGCAGAACACCGCUCUCGCGUCGCUGAAGCAACGGCGAGAAAGCAACUACCUCAAUGAUCUCAUGCUGAGGUGCAGGAAAGCACUCGUUCAGCAUCUCGAGGAGUGUGGAUCGCUACUGAAACCACUUCGUCGAGCGUGCCGCAGCCUCGACGAGGAGGCAUUGACAGAUGCACUCCGGAGAGUCCACCUCGCAACAUCUGAGCUGCGUCGCUACAUGCAAACUGACAUUCAGCAAGCCGAGACGCUGCAGAGACGCAUGCUUUGCGCCGCGGAGGAGGCGCGCAAGCUUCUGAACAGCAGUGAUUGGAGAGAACUAGAGCACUUCCUUGACGCGAACACCGCCAUACUUCCUGAUCGGACGGUAGUGGCACUUAUGCGUCGAAGGGAAGCUCUAUUUACACAACGCCACAGGACGCACGUAGACCCCGUAGCGCGCAUGACAGGGCUGUCACCAGCGCCAUUUUAUGCCGGCUCUUUGCGGAGGGACGAGGAUGGGGGGGCCACAGGGAGCAUUUGUCAGCGAAUGAUUGAACAUGAAGAAGAAAGCGGCCGUUGCGUGUUAAUAGAACAGGAGCACGCUCAACGUGUGUUGUGUCUAAAGUCCGUAAUGGACGCCAUGGCGUUGCUGCUAUCGCACACCGACCGUCAGUGGGACACACCUAUGCAGUAUUCUGCGGCACAGGUGGAGGUGCCCGUGCCGCGAAAAGAGACUCAACGAUCAUCGCCUUUGAGUGGCUUGACGAAUAGUGACAACCGGUUUUUUCCACCGAGUACUGCAGAAACACCAAAUGUGUCGCCCAUAAAACUGAGUUUGCUGAUGGAUUCCGCCUCUCGGGCGGACCAACGGCCAACGGCAGCCGGCACUUCUGCAGCGGCGGGGACGGCUAACAAUAUUUCAGAUUUUAUUCUGGCGCGCGGAACCGUUUCUUCCGUGUCGCAGGAGUCUCAUGUGGUUGUAUCGCCGGGAGUAUGGGCAAAACUUUCUGCAAUGAUGGAGGAGGAAGAAAUUUGUCGCCGCGACGUGGAGGGCAGUGAAAAUUUUGAGCGAAAUGUAUUUCUUCUUCCAAUGGCUGCACGGAGUGUCCUCUUGUCACGCGUCUUUCCGCGUCGGAAAUUGUGA